AAAAAAAAAAAAAAUUGUCGCUUUACUUUCUUUCCUUCUCUCUCUCUCUUUCUCUAUAAGAUUCGAAUCAUUCUAACCUCAAAAUUCCUCGUGGGACGACGACGACGACGGACGCGAUCGCGCGCGGUUACAAGAGAAAACAAGUCUCAUUUAUACAGUUUUUUUUUUAUUUUUGACAUCUAAAAAUAUACAGUUUUUCCAUGACGAUAUAAACGAAGUGACCGAGUAUCGUUUUGUCUAUUUUUGAUUUGCCAACACCAAAACAGUUGCAUCUUUGCAAAUAAUCUUGUUUUUGCCUGCGGUAAUUCGAGAGUUCCUCUAAUCGCGCAAUAUUCUAGCAGACGCUUCUGUCAAUAUAGAAUUCUAAAAGAAAAAAAAAAAAAAUCUUUUUUCGUCUAUUUACCGGAAAUUAAUAAAUUGUGUGUGUGUGUGUGUUUGAUUUUAAAAUUAUUAAUUUUCCAAAAUACAAAAGUUUUAUGACAAUUUUUUAUUCUCUAUAUCUAAUGCAAAAAAAUGCAAAUAAAAGUAUAAUCAAAUUUUGAGGUUAUAAUUGUGAUAUGUGUUUUUUUAAAAAAAAAAGUGAAGAUGAAUAGAAAAAAGUGCAUUGAAUUUUGAAACAACUGAGGACAAUUAUUGUAUGUGGAUUAUUAUAAUGGCUCAACAUUUUGUGACUGUUUGUGUUGUUUGCGUAUUAUGCGCUGCACACAAUUAUCCAUGUUCAGCGCACAUGGAUUUUUCUUCUUCUCAAUCGUCAAAAUUAUUUAAUGACGAAACAAAUAAUAAUAAUAAUAAUAAUAAUAAUUAUUAUCAUUUAUCAAAUGACGAAAAAUUAUUAAAUCCAUCAUCAUCAUCAUCAUCAUCAUUACUUGAUAAUGAAAAUUCACGUGAUUCGGAUAAUGAUGAUGAUUUUUAUUAUUUGGAAUCAAUAAAUGUGCCAAAUGAAAAAAAAAUUGUUGAUACAACAAAUAAUAAGAAAUUAAUGGAGAAACGAAUCUCGAGGCAAGAAUCUUUUAGAUCACGACGACAUUUGGAUAUUGAUGGUAAAUUAUUUACAAAAAAAGUUUUUGAAACUUAUGGAAAUGGUGAAAAUAUGACAAUGAAGGGAUUUGAGGAAUUAUUAAAUAAAUUAGGAUUAGUUAAACUUAUUAUGGAAUUGAAUGAUGAACGAGGCGAGACAAAUUCUGCGGGAAGUGUCACGGAAUUGAAAAAAAUAACUGAACCGAGUUCCGAUUCAGACAAAAGGUGUGUGAGCAGUAAAGAAUUAUUAAGUUCCUUAUCGCAGGAUGUAUCGUACAAUUCUGCGACAAAUAAUAAUACAGUAUUACCUGGUUGGCUAUUUGAAAGAGUUUGUCCAGUUUUACUUUAUCAUUUAGCUGGCGAAACAAAUUCAGAGCGUAACGGUUGUAUUCAAAUACCGGAAUUUUAUAAACCCUCAGCCGUUGAAAGCUAUGAAUCUGAAGAAAUGGCGCGAAAUAUGUUUCAAGUUUGGAUAUAUUCGGCGAUAAGUAUAUUGAUAAUUAGUCUUUGCGGUCUUCUUGGAGUUGCUGUGAUUCCUGUUAUGGGAAAAAGUUAUUAUAAUCAAUUAUUACAAUUUUUGGUGGCCCUCGCUGUGGGAACUUUAUGCGGCGAUGCACUUAUUCAUUUACUACCUCACGCAAUGAUGUCGGAUGCCGCUCACAGUCACGGCAAUAGUCACGGUCACGAGGAAUUGAUCAUCGAUCAUGAAGCCGAUCAUAAUGCAAAUAUGUGGAAAGGACUUGUGGCAAUGUUAGGAUUAGUUUUAUUUUUCUUCACUGAAAAAUCGCUGACAAUGCUUGCCGAAUGGAGGAAAUAUCGUCAAAGGCGUAACAAACUUCCGCCGAGAGUUCGUGUCAUGAGAGAAACAGAAGGUCCCAAUAGUAAUACAGUUGGAGAAAAACUUUGCAAACACAAAUACUCAUCGUAUCCUUAUUGUUAUGGAGAAAUCACGACUGAAACUCAAGAUAAUCAUCAUCAUCGACACAAUAAUCAUCACGAUCGUCCAGCGGCGAUUGAAGAGGAAAAACCAUUGACGUCAAAUUGCAAUUCAGUGUUGCCAUCGAUUGUUAAAAAUGAUCUCGAAAAAAUUGUCAACGACGAUUGGAAAUUGGAUGAGACAAUGAAAAAAAUUGAUGGAACUAAUGAAGUUUUAAAUGAGGCUGAAAGUUACACUGUCAUUAUUCGUGAACAUGAAAAUAAACAUCAUGGACAUACACAUUCUCACGGUCACGUACAUUCGGCGCCAGAAUCAAUGUCAAGCGUUGCAUGGAUGGUUGUAAUGGGCGAUGGACUUCAUAAUUUUACCGAUGGAAUGGCAAUUGGAGCUGCAUUCUCGGCAAGUAUUGCCGGUGGAUUUUCCACGGCAAUUGCCGUAUUUUGCCAUGAAUUGCCACACGAAUUAGGUGACUUUGCGGUUCUUUUGAAAGCAGGAAUGAGCGCAAAACAAGCGGUAUUUUACAAUUUAUUAUCAUCGGUGCUGUGUCUUUUUGGAAUGGUUUUUGGCGUUCUUUUGGGGGCAACGCCGGCAGCGAGCAGUUGGGUUUUCGCUGCAGCCGCUGGAAUGUUUAUUUACAUUGCCCUAGUCGAUAUGAUUCCAGAAUUGUCGUCGAGUCACUCGGAGGAAGGUGGAUCACAUUGGCAUUGCAUUCUCCAGGCAUUGGGACUAUUAACUGGACUUGGAAUUAUGCUUGUCAUUGCUUUAUACGAACACGAUCUUAAAACAAUUUUUGAUGACGAGUCAUAAAUUUUUCUUUCUUUCUUUCUUUCUUUCUUUUUUUUAGGCAAAAAAACGAGAAACUGUUUCUUUUUCUUUUCAAUAAAAAAAAAAAAAAAAACAAACAAACAAAAAACUGAUUCAUUUCUUUUUCUUUUCGAUAAAAGAAAAAAAAAAGAAACGAAAAAAUAGUUUUUUUUUCUUUUCGUUAUAAAAGAAAGAAAAAGAAACAAAAAUCUAAUUUUUUCAUUUUUUCACAGCAAAACUGAUUUUUUUCUCUUCGAUAGAAAAAAAAAAGAAAGAAACGAAAAAAUGAUUUUUUCUUGGUAUUUUUGACAUACACAAAAUAUUUCAGUGAGUAUAUAGAAAAAUUUAAAAAUCGAUUCCUUCGCAUGUCUCGAUAAAAGAGAAAUCUUUUUUUUAUUUUAACAAUACAAUAAUAAUAUUCAAUUAUUUUAACAAUUUUUCUAAUGGACCAAAAAAAAAAAAUUAUUUUUCACUUUUAAAACGAUAAAAAUCGUCUUUUUCUUUUCUCUAUUUUUUUUUUUUUUUUAAAUAAAAUUUUCUUUUUUUCCCCCUUUUUUUCAUUUUCAAUUGAACGAAGGAAAAAAAAACAAGAAAAACGAUUAAAAAAUGCUGUUUUUUUUCCAUUAAUUUUUAUUUAAAAAACAAAAAUUGCGAAAUAAGAUUUUUUUUUUUUUUUUAAAGAAAAUAAAACAAAGAUUUCUCUCUCUUUUUUUCUAACUUUUUGUUUUUUCAGUUAAAAAACAAAAAAAGCACAAAAAGUUAAUCGGGAAUCAAUCCAUUUUUUUUUUAUAUCAUAAAAAAGAAAAAAAAAUGUAAAUAGACAAAUUUAAUUAGACUAAUUAUUAUUAAUUAAGAAGAAAAAAAAAUAUAGGACUUAAAUUUUUUCACAUCUCAAUAUAAAAAAUAAUAAAUAAAUAUAAAUAAUUUCAAAAAAAAUCAUUUCCUGUUUUUUUUUUUCUCACUCUCUCUCUCUCUCUCGAUAUUAUUACACUGAAAAACCGGAAGUGAUUUUUGAUAUGAAUCUUAAAAAAAUAAAAGGAACGAGUUUUUUUUCUAUUUAAAAAAGAGAAAACUCAAUUUACUUAAAAAGAAGGAAAACCUUUUUUUUUUCUCUCUUAUAAAGAAUUGAAAAAUUUGUUUUUCUCCAUUUUUUAAACAAAAAAAUAAACUGUACAUAUAAAUAUAUAUCUUUUUUAUCUACAAAAAAAAAACAAAAAAAAUCAUAUCUAUGACAAAAUUUUAUUGGUAUUUUUUUCUCAAAAAAAAAAAAAAAAAAAAAAAAAAUUGUCUCUUUUUCAAGAUUUUUCACAUGUUUUACGCACACAAACAUAUUACACGUAAUUUUUCUUUCUUUUUCUCUUUAAUAAGAUAUAAAAUUCAAAAAUUUGCCGAAGAAAACAAAUUUUUUUUUUUGUUUUAAAGAGCAAAGACUGUUUUUUAAUAAAUAAUUUAAUCAUUUUUUUUGGGAAAAUAAAAAAAAAUGAAUAAACACUUUUUAAAUGGAAUUUAUAAUUUAAAAAAGUUAAAUUUAAACGUUUUUUUCGAAAAAGAAUUUUUUAUUUUUUAUUUGAAUUUAGCUAAAUAAAUAAAUAUAUUAAUUAAUUAAUUAAACGUUAAUUAGUAAAAAUUUUCUAACUACGUUAAUUAAUAACGGAAAAAUUUUUGAAUUAAUUGAAUUAAAAUAAAUUUUUCUAUUAAUUAACGGUAAUUAAAAUAAUUUUCAUUUUUUUUAACUAAUUAAUUAAUUUAUUUAUUUAUUAAUUAACUAAUUAAUUUACGUAAUGAAAACGAAAAUUAGUUUAAAAAAAAAAUUUCAUUAGCGCUAAUUAAUUAAAUUAAAUUAAAUAAUUUUCUAAUUCCAAAUAAAUUUAAAAUAUUAAUGAUUUAAAAUUUGAUAAAAAUUAAUUCUCUUAAAUUAUAAAGAAAAUAUAGUUAAAAAAAAAAAAAAUAAGAAAAUUAGAAAAAAAAAAUUUAAGGGAUUUAAUUUUGAAAAAUUUAAACUUAACUUUUUAAACAAAAAAAAAAUCGUGAAAGUAACAAAUUUUCUUCUAGAAAUAAGAAAAAAAAAACACACGUAGCUCUCUAAAUAAAAAAAAAAAAUAGAAAAAUAAAUUUAAAAAAUUUGGAGAAAUUUUCCCUUUUUUUUUUUCUUUUUUAUUUUCUUUUGAAUUUUUUUUUUUUUCAUUUUGCGGCCUAAUUUGAAACUUUGCUUUAGAAUUUAGUGUAAAUAUUAUAAAUAUAUAGAUUAAUAAUUGAAAAAAAAGGUGGUUGUAUAGAAAUAGAAAACGUUUUUUUAUUUUCUUUUAAUUUUUCUUUUUCAAAUUCAUUCCGCCAAUUGCAUUUUUUCAUUUUUCUCAUUGCCAAUUUUUUUUUUUUUUUUUUUUUUACGAAAAUAUUGAAAUAGAAUUUAAAAAGAGUAUUU